GCCUCGGUGUGCGGGAGCGAAUGGUUGUUGACGAGUAAGAACGAACCCUUCUGUUUGUGCCAGUGUUUAAGGAUCCUGUCUUUGUUCGGGUUUUAAGGAAACGUCUGAACGCAGCGCACAUUGCAUCUCUUAAACCGUGUAACAUCAAAAUAGGUUGUUAGGAAGCACAGCUGCCCCUUAUUAUCCUCACCUCACUGAAGUUUUCCUCCCUCUCCGCGCCAUGAGUUACUCUGACUACGACUCAGACGGAUAUUUGUCAAAUGAAGAUGCCGACUAUGUCCCAUCAGAUGAUAAUCUCAGUGAAGAUGACAUUAAUGAGUGUGAGAAGGAAGACCCUCUCCAUGAGGACGACUCUGUGCCUCAUCCUGACCUCCAGAAGAAGAAGAAAAGAAAAGACAUCAGCAGGAAGAAGAGGAAAGAGGAGCUAAAGCAGGAAGAGGCUCAGCUGCCAAAGGAAGACAGUGAUGAUGAGGAGAAACGGAAGAAGAAGUCGGAUGAUCUUUGGGCGAGUUUCCUGUCUGAUGUCGGAUCAAGACCCAAAGACUCUGCACCCAAUUGCCAAUCAGAUUCCACUAAGGAGGCUGAAUGUUCCCUAUUAAAGGAGACUUCAUUAAGUACAGAAGCCACACCAUCAGGACCGGCUAAAGUCACCAUCACUAAAGUGUUCGACUUUGCUGGAGAGGAAGUGAGAGUGGAUAAGGAGGUAUCAGCUGACUCCAGGGAAGCUAAGAGUUAUCUGAAGAGUCAAAGUGCUCAGCAGGAGCAAGAUGAAGAAACAAGCUCAUCUCACACACAGUCAUCUCUUCCUGGUCCCAGUGCUAAGCGUCCAGCAGGCAUGUCCAGCAUCCUUAAUCGGAUUGGAGGAAAGAAGCAAAAAAUGAGCACACUGGAAAAGUCAAAGAUGGACUGGGAUGCUUUUAAAUCAGAAGAGGGCAUCACAGAGGAGCUGGCUAUCCAUAACAGAGGCAGAGAAGGUUUUGUGGAGCGAAAAAACUUCCUGGAGCGCGUCGACCACCGGCAGUUUGAGCUGGAAAAAGCAGUCCGGCUGAGCAACAUGAAACGAUGAGACACUGAUGAACAACAGACCGGCAUGCGGAGCAGAGCGGGGUUUGGACUCCUGUAACUUGUUUCCCCCCCAACAGAGUUGAUGUUCAUCCUGUAAUAGGAGAUGUGACUGGCUCUGUGGCUGAGCCUAUUUCAGGCUGGCUGUAUAAAUAGGUUGAGGUCAGGUAAUGGACGGGUGUUGAUGCCUCUGGGGGUUCAUCCUUGUGAGAACCAGUUUGUGUUUGCUGCUUUUACUGCAGCUCACAUCAAGUUUCAAAUUAAUUAUCUCUGGAGUGAAUAUUGAUUCAGUCUGACAUGCGACUGCCUCGCAUUCCAAUCAUUUCCACUUUUGGAUCAACUGACAUCUCUGUUUCACAGCUGAGCUGUACAGGUGCACACAGCUGGCUGUCCUGUUUGUUUAAGAAUCACAGAGCAGAAAUAAAACUUUACCUUUUUCUAACUUAUGUUUGUAUGUCACCAAACAUAAGUUACACACUAACUUAGCUUGUGUAACUUCAUCAGGCCACAUUAAUAACUUGGAAAUAUAAAACAGCAGCUGGAUGUUCCACAAGAAUCAGAAGUCAAAGUUUAGGAUGUGAUUAUGGAGGAUUGUACCUUCGCUACUGCUUGUGGUCUGUGUGGUGUUUGACAUUGAAUCUGUAAAUAUUCUGUUAAUCUGUUACUUUUAAAAGGAAUUCAAUUUUAUUUUGAACAAAACUGCCGAUUUCUUUUUCUGAACUGACUGGAGGAUUAGCUGUGUGGAUGUGACAGCAGGGUCACCAGCCCCUCCUCCAGGGGGGUCCCCCUCUGAACACUCACUGCCUCCAGCAGAGGAGGUUCUGUCUGCCUGGGAGCUCAGAGCAGCAGCGCUCCGUCUCUGUUCUUCCUCACUGGAUGGGAAAACUCACUAAGGCAUCCACCCGGGCUUCCAGAAGACUGUGAAAAGGGCUUUUUAAGCAGCUAUAUUGUUUUGUUUUAUUUUUGCCAUUGUUUAAAAUAGUAAUAAAAAAAUUGCCAAAUUGUCUAACAUUUAUUUUUGGUUAUUUAACUGUUUUUAUUUUUUUUUACAUAAUUUGAAUUUAAUGUUAGACAUCUGUGUAACAUUAAAUGUUUAAAGAGUUUUUGUUUUAAAGAGUUUGUUACACAACCAGUGUAUUUUUAGCGUUGUGUUUUCAGAAUCCAAAUAACAUCCAGAAAAUCACAUUGGAUAAUUUUCCCUUCGACUGACCUGUUUGCCCGCCAUCCUGUCAUCCAGCCCGGCCUUGUCUACAGUUUGGUCCCUGCUUGUCUGUCCCAAUCAAAAUUACAACAAAAUCUUGGCCUGGAAAAUAUCUCUCUGUGAUUCUAUGUAAUAUGAGUUUCCCUUUCUGAGAUAACUGGUGAGAAAUAUUUAAUUUUUAUGCAAUAUUAUAGUUUCUUUGAGAUACCCUAGUAAAUGAUAAGGAUGAGGUUUUCAAGAUGAAGUUUUUAACUUUCUCUUACCUGUUUUUAAGUAUAUUUCACUAAGUAACACGUCAAGUUCUUGGUAUUUAAAGAAUGGACAAAACGUUAGUAAUGUUUGGUUGGAACAUAUCCCUCUAUCAGGUUAUUUGUACUAAUUUGAUGUAUUAUUUUGCAGCGCUUUGGUUGUAUGUUGAGGAGCUGAAUUUCUUAGACAAGCUUAUUAAACUACAGUAAAGUUUCCUGAUGAA